AUUCUGCUCGCUCUCUGUCAAGUUUCUGACAAUUGGAAAUCAUCGAACUCCGUCUGCCGUCGCGAGCAGCUAUGAAAGCACAAAUUCCUGACAUUCUCGUCACUUUUCAUUAGUAAAACUCCAUUGAUUCCUCAAUUUUGUAUUUAAAUCCUGUAAAGUGUUUGCUCAAUUUUUCGGUGCGUCAGCGGCAAUAAAUCGCCUCGAUCUCGUUGUGCGUGAAAUUCAAUAAUGUUCUCGGCGAGCCCGUGGCAAACCGACUCCUGGACAACUUUAUCAAUUCUCCCGGACACAGGGGCAGUUUUUAAUUGAUACGCUCGACCUAAGGCGAAUCAAUUAGCCAAGCAACGACAACAAUUGGUGAUGAUCAACAACAACGAAACUAAACUGAGUGGCAAGCAAACAACUUGUUUUAGGAGCGGCACACGAACCAGCGACAGACCGCCGGCCCCGUCGUCGAGCGGGAUCCCCUUGUUGAUCCACUCACGGACGCUGACGAAAUCGCCGACUCAGCGACGAACGAGUUGGCGGCAGCCCGUCGAAUCCGGUCGCGGUUGGGAGGAAUUCCGAGAUUUCAUCGAUGAUGGACAUGCAAUUGCGAGACUUUGAGAUGAGCGACUCUGAGACUGAGUUGCUCAUCAAUCCCGCCGCAGUUGCUGCGGCCGCCGGACGUACAACGCGACUUCGCUUGCGGAACGAGAGAAAUGGUGAACGUGUUCAUUUACUGCCGCCCGACACAACCGGAAUUUUAUUUCCCAAGAAUCGUCGACGUCGAAACUUCACGCUGGCGUCCUGCUGUCGAACGUUAAUUUGCGGCUGCUGGUGGUGGGCCUGGCGAAAAUGGUUUGCACCGCGCGAAUUGCGGGCCCGCACCGUCCGCAUUGGCCGAUCAAUCGACGAAAAAUUUCCACCGAACGAAAUUCGCAAUCAAAAAUACAAUUUAAUCACGUUCCUACCAUUAGUUCUAUUCGAGCAGUUUCGCUUCUUUCUCAACUUAUACUUUUUGCUGAUGGCACUUAGUCAAUUUAUACCAGACAUAAGAAUCGGUUAUCCGUACACAUAUUGGGGUCCAUUGUGCUUCGUGUUGGCCGUUACAAUUUGUCGUGAGGCGGUCGAUGAUUUUCGUCGACAUCAACGUGAUCAUGAGGUGAACUCACAGAAAUAUAAAAGAUUGAUACCGAGUGAUUUGCAAUAUGAAAUGGUACCGUCGUCAAAACUGAAAGUUGGCGAUAUCGUUAUAGUGGAGAAGGAUGAACGCGUGCCAGCGGAUUUGGUGCUAUUGAGGACAAGCGAUAAGAGUGGAUCGGUUUUUGUGAGGACGGAUCAACUUGAUGGCGAAACUGACUGGAAACUAAGACUUGCCGUAUCCAUGACACAAAAGCUAAACAGUGAUUCUGAUUUAUUUAACAUUGACGCCAGUAUUUAUAUUGAGAAGCCACAAAAUGACAUACAUUCUUUCAUCGGGACGUUUUCGAUCCAGGAUGGAAACGAUGAAGGCAGCUUGAAUGUUGAAAAUACUUUGUGGGCGAAUACAGUAGUAGCAGCGGGUACUGCAACAGGAAUUGUCAUCUACACAGGAUGCGAAACACGAAGUGUGAUGAAUAAUUCGUCGCCAAGAUCGAAGGUUGGAUUAUUGGACAUGGAAAUUAAUGGGCUUACAAAGGUUCUAUUUUGCGCUGUCAUGGGUCUUGCCUUGGUAAUGAUGUGCCUCAAAGGAUUCAAUGGACCAUGGUAUCGAUAUUUGUUCCGCUUCGUCCUGCUUUUCUCCUACAUCAUUCCAAUUAGUCUUCGCGUAAAUCUCGACAUGGGCAAAGCAUUUUAUUCAUGGCAAAUUCAAAAUGAUCCAGAAAUUGAAGGCACAGUUGUGCGUUCAACUACUAUACCCGAAGAACUGGGUCGAAUCUCGUAUUUACUCACAGAUAAAACCGGAACAUUGACACAAAACGAGAUGGUCUUCAAAAAAAUUCACUUAGGCGUUGUAGCUCAUGACAAUGACACAUUUCAUCACGUUGCCCAAGCGAUUGAAUCAUUAACAUCCAAUACAGGAGCUGGACAGGAAAUUUCACCACCAGCUGCGAAACCCUCAUCGAUAUUUGGUGGAAAUCGAUUGCGACGUCCAGAGGGUUGGCGUGUCUGGGAAGCCGUGAAAGCUUUAGCUCUUUGCCACAAUGUUACUCCUGUCUAUGAUAAUGAUAAGGCCGCUACAAACAAAGCACAAGAGAAACAACGUAACUCGCCCACACGUUCGACCAUCAACAUGGAAACGAAGAAAAGUAGCGAUGAAAUAACAUACCAAGCUUCAAGCCCUGAUGAAAUUGCUCUGGUUAAGUGGACUGAGCAAGUUGGUUUGGCGCUAGUAGCCCGCGAUUUAAACUCUGUUACGCUACAAUUGCGUCAUAAAGUAAAAAACAAGAAAGGAGGAAAUCAAUCCAGCACACCAGCAACUCCAUCCUCAAGUAGCACAGCAAGCACUGCUUCAUUGGAUUCCAUUGGAGGUUCUGAUGGUUUGAUGAAGUUCCACAUCUUGCAAGUCUUCCCAUUCACCAGUGAAUCAAAGCGAAUGGGCAUUAUUGUAAAAGAUGCCCAGACAGGUGAAAUAACGUUCUAUUUGAAAGGUGCUGAUGUUGUCAUGUCUGCCAUCGUUCAGUACAAUGACUGGCUGAGCGAAGAAAGUGGAAAUAUGGCACGAGAGGGCCUCCGAACUCUGGUCGUUGCGAAGAAAGUUCUAACUGAAGAUCAGUAUAAUGAUUUCGAGACGAGAUUCAACGCUGCCCGUCUAAGCGUAACCGAUAGAACGGCUAAAGUCUCAGCAGUUGUUGAGUCCUUGGAACGCGAAAUGGAACUUUUAUGUUUAACCGGUGUUGAGGAUCGACUACAAGAUGGUGUAAGACCCACUCUGGAACUACUACGAAACGCUGGCGUACGAGUUUGGAUGUUAACUGGUGACAAACUCGAAACCGCGACAUGUAUUGCAAAGAGUUCGCAGCUCGUGGGACGUAAUCAAGGACUGCAUAUUUUGAAAUCAGUUCAAACUCGAACAGACGCACAUCUGGAACUGAAUCAGUUCCGACGUAAACAAGGUUGUGCCCUUGUUGUUUCGGGCGAAAGCCUUGAAGUGUGCCUUCAAUAUUACGAUAUCGAAUUUAUGGAAUUAGCAACAGCAUGUCCAGCGGUAGUUUGUUGUCGCUGUAGUCCCACACAAAAGGCACAAGUUGUUGAUUUAAUCCAGAAACAUACAGGGAAGCGCACAUGUGCCGUCGGUGACGGUGGCAACGAUGUAAGCAUGAUACAACAAUCAGACGCUGGAAUUGGUAUUGAAGGUCGCGAAGGGCGACAAGCAUCAUUGGCUGGUGAUUUUAGUAUUCCGCAAUUUUCACAUAUCGCCAAAUUGUUGCUGGUACAUGGACGCCGAUCUUAUAAGCGGUCAGCGGCGCUUUCGCAAUUCGUCAUACAUCGUGGACUGAUUAUAUCGACAAUGCAAGCUGUUUUCUCGGCUGUGUUUUAUUUGAGUUCAGUAGCAUUGUAUCAAGGUUUCCUGAUGGUUGGAUAUGCAACGGUAUACACAAUGUUUCCGGUGUUCUCGUUGGUAUUGGAUCAAGAUAUUGACUCGGCGAUUGCAAUUACGUAUCCGGAGUUAUAUAAGGAGCUGGCGAAAGGUCGGAGUCUUAGUUAUAAGACUUUCUUCGUGUGGGUUUUAAUCAGUAUAUAUCAAGGCGGAGUGAUUAUGUAUGGAGCUUUAAUAUUGUUCGAGGAUGAAUUCAUUCAUAUCGUGGCGAUUAGCUUUUCGGCUUUGAUAUUGACAGAGUUGAUAAUGGUGGCGUUGACAAUUCGAACAUGGCAUAGGUUAAUGGUUCUUGCCGAAAUAUUCAGUCUGAUGCUUUAUCUAAUAUCUUUGGCUGUUCUCCAUGAAUACUUUGAUUGGGAAUUCAUUUGGUCAUACGAUUUCUUGUGGAAGGUAUCAACGAUAACAUUGGUAUCAUGUCUGCCGCUCUACAUAAUAAAAUUCCUACGAAAGAAAUUCUCUCCUCCGUCAUAUUCGAAACUUACGUAAAUCCCAAUGGGCUUAGAAAAGUUUUAGCGUCGAGUAAUAGAAUAAACGACGAAUUCGACGCGAGGAUCGCAUUUCUAACGAAAUAUGAAAAAAAAAAUAAAAUCUUGUAGGCAUACGUUGUAGUUCUUUUUUAUCAUAAACAAAUGAAAAUCAACUUCUAUACAAAGAAAGAGAUGAUGAAGAUAUUUAUAUACACUCUAAACAUGUAGAAUAUUUGAUUCAAGUGAGAAUUCAGUCAAUUUAUUCAAGAAAAUAUCGUUAUCAGCGUAUGGUGUCGGGUGUGUUGAUGUUUGUUUGUUUCGUUGGAUGGAAAAUUGGAUUUGAUAAUUAGAUAUAUUCCUGGGAAUAUUUCAGUAUUCAAAAUGCAUGAAACAUUGAUGGAAUGAAUAUAACUGCUUGCUCUUCUGCCACAUAUUGAGUGAUAUAACUAAUUAUCCAAAAUUUGCUAGCACUCCCAGCGAAGUAAACUAUGAGGAUCAUCUACCCAUUUCAUUCUAAUUUUUACCCACAUAAAAUUCGUAUUUAAUAACAUGUCGUGAUAUAUAAUAUAAACUAAACUAUUUAU